UGUCAACAAACAACAAAUUCCCGGUUCGAGAUAGUUGACGAACCUUAAGUUUAUUCUGCUACUACCUGUAAUGACGAAGGAAAUGGUGGACGCUACUAAAUCGAAGACCAAAGAGCUGAUUGAAGAACAGAUGAACAGUCAGGAAAUCAGGAAGGACCUAGAUGUAACAGAGCUGUAUCUUAGCAACCAAGGUCUUACUGAUCAAGACUUAUGUGAUUUGGGUCAGUAUCGGAUGCUCAAUCGUCUAUGGCUGAAUGGAAACAAACUAAGGAGGAUUAACUGUCUAUCAAUCAACUACAGAAUAACAGAAUUGUAUUUACAGGACAAUGAGUUGGUGAGUGUAGGAGGUCUUCUUCAGCCAUUAACCAGUCUUCAAGUUUUGAUGUUACAUAACAAUCAGCUGACCAAUCUUGAAGAAACUAUAGCUGAAAUGAAAGCCAUGCAAGCAUUAAAUACACUCAACCUAUCCCAGAAUCCUUUGGCCCAGGAAGCAGAAUACCGUCAUUACAUCAUUCAUCACGUACCAUCAUUGAAACUCCUAGAUAGACAAGAAAUCUUGAAGUCUGAGCGAGAUGAUGCAGCCAAGCUGUACCAGCAAGAGAGACAGGCCCUGUUAGAGACGAUUGCAUUUGGGCGUCGGUGUAACGGUCCCGCCCAGAGAGCUAAAGACCAGGGCGUGGUCAGCGAAUCUAGACACUCAUUGGCUAGUAUGGUGUCUGAUAAAGAAGUAGCAAAUCAUUUUAGCAGUCCACCACGAGGAACACCUGAAGAAGCUGUAGCAGAGAGAGCUGUACAACGAUCUAUUAUGGAAUACUCUCACUUUGAUUGGUCUAAAAAACCUAGGGCAGAGGAAAGAAGAAUGAAUAAGAACAUAGAGGGCAGCAAACAGACUGAGAUUAUAACUGUCAGGUUUAGGUAGCAUAGACACUCUUGACAGACUUGGUAUAUUUAUUCUGAUAUUCCUAUUGAUUUUAAUUGAGAUGAAUCACUCCCCCAAGUACAUUGGGAUAUUGACAACAUUUCAAAAUUUUGCUGUAUGAGAAGAAAGAGUGAAAAAUUAUUUCAUCAGUAUCUGUCAUCCAAAUCUAAGGAAGUAAAACUAAAGUAUAGUGUAGGAGGUUUCACGGUACACCAUGUAUCUUUGUUGGGCAAGUGUUGGUCCUGAAAAGGACCACCCAAUCUCGACGUUUCGACAAGUGUUUUCUUGUCGUCCUCAGGAGAAUUCUCCUGAGGACGACAAGAACACACUUGUGUCAUUUAGAGUCAAUGAAUUUAGCUUAUGUUGGGGAAUAAAUACAAAAUCUUAACUGAGGUUCAUUUUUUGAAAUGUCAAAACUUGGAAAGUAUAUGGAUCUAGUGCAUGAAACUUGGACAUAAGAGUGAUCAAGUACCGGUAUCAGUAGACAUCCUGUAUGACUUUUAGGUCACGUGACCAAGUUGAUAGGUCAUUAAAGAUCAAUGAACUUUGGCCAUCAUAAAUUAUGGAUAUAGUUCAUGAAAUGUGGAAAUUGGGGUAAUCAAGUAUCACAGAUCGUCCUGCACAAGUCUUAGGUCACAUGAUCAAGGUCAAAUGUCUUUUAGAGUCAAUGAAUAUAGUAUUUUAUGAUCAUAUGAAUGGUGUUUUUGGGGAAUGAUUACUCUAUAAUUGUUUCAAAGUCAGAACUGCUGCUAUAUU